GCCGGGGCGCGCCGGGGCGGAGGGACCCAGGCGUCCGGCGGCCGCCGCACCGGGGGAGGCGGCGGCGGCGGAGGAGGCGGCGGCGGCGGCGGCGGGGGGGGCAGCGCUCCCGUCUCCCCCCCGUCUCCUUCCCGGGGCCCCCCCCGCCGCCUCCCCGGCCCCCCCCGCCGCACCGGGGCAUUAGGACCAGGCGGGAGCGCGGCGCCGCCGGUUGCAGCUCGGCUCGGGCUCCGCCGGCUCUGCCCAGCCUCGCCCGCCGCCGCCGUGGUACAUGCUUCGGGUGCGAGCCGUGGUGAUGACCCGAGACGACUCUAGCGGGGGCUGGGUGCCGAUGGGCGGCGGGGGCCUGAGCCACGUCACGGUCACCAAGGCCCGGCGGGCCGAGGACGGCGCCCGGCACCGGCAGUACCUCAUCUGCGGGGAGCGCCUGCGGGACCAGACCCCCAUCCUGGAGUGCGCGGUGAAGCGGGACCUGGUGUACAACAAGGUGAACCCCAUCUUCCACCACUGGAAAGUCGGCGAGAGCAAGUUCGGCCUCACCUUCCAGAGCCCCGCGGACGCCGCGGCCUUCGAGAGGGGCGUGCAGGGCGCCCUGGAAGCGCUGGCCGCAGGCUCCCCAUCCUCUUCCUCCUCCUCCUCCUCGUCGUGCUCCUCGGCAGGGGACGCAGGGGACGCGGCGGCGCUGAGCCGGGGCUCGGCACCGGAGCCGGCCGGCGCGUCCCCUCCGGCGUCCCCGUGCCCGCCGCCGGCGUCCCCCUGCGCGUCCCCCCGCGCCCCCGCCGCCCGCCCCGCCGCCCGCCCGGAGAUGCUGCCCGCCCUCGUCACCAUCGUCACCAGCGAGUCCUCGGCCAGCGGCUACGGCCGGGCGCCCGCCGCCGAGGCCUUCGGCUUCGGCACGGCCCCGGGGGCCGGCAGCCUGCCAGCCGCGCAGGCGCUGCCGCUGCAGGAGGCCGAGGAGCUGGAGACGCUGCCGCCCUGCAAGGAGCCGGGGGCCGCGCGGGGCUACGAGGACUACCGGCGCGCCGGGGCGGCCGGCCGGGGCGGCAGCACGGCCACGAUGGCCUCGGCGACGGCCCGCGUGCGCUUCGAGAAGGCCGCCGAGGCCGCCAAGGGCUCGCCGUCGUGCCGCAUCCACGGCGCGGCCGAGGCGCCGUCGCGCUGCGUCUACUGCCGGGACGUCUUCAGCCGGGAGGAGAACGGGCGCGGGCAGUGCCGGGACGCGCCGGACCCGGCGGGCCGCUGCGUGCGCCGCCUGAGCUGCCUCUGGUGCGCCGAGAGCCUCCUCUACCACUGCAUGUCGGACGCCGAGGGCGACUUCUCGGCGCCCUGCUCCUGCGACCGGGGGCACCCGCACUGCUGCGCCCGCUGGCUGGCACUGGCCGCCCUGGCGCUGCUGGUGCCCUGCCUCUGCUGCUACCUGCCGCUGCGCGCCUGCCACUGGUGCGGCGGCCACUGCGGCUGCUGCGGCGGCAGGCACAAGGCCGUGCGGUGAGCCAGCCCCCCCGCCGCCGCCGCCGCCGCGCGCCCACCCCCCCGGGCCGCCGGCGCACGGACCCCCUGGGCCGCCGGUGCACGCCGGGGACCGCGGUGCUGCACGGACGGU